GACCGUCCGACAGUGUGGUUGGUGUCGAUCGUGUGUGUGGUGCUUGGUGUAGCGAACAACCUGCAGCACGUUUCCGCCGGACCGUGGCGUGAAGGGGUGCGUCGAAGCGGUAAUGAGUUUGUCAAGCGAAUGUCGGAAAGUGAUGAGUAUUUAGAAUUUGGCCGAAAGCUCAAGCAAUCAUGCGGUUAUGAGUCGUGCCCGAAACCAAAGAAAAAUAUGCUUAAUGUGCAUUUGGUGCCCCAUACACACGACGAUGUCGGCUGGCUGAAGACGGUCGACCAGUACUACUAUGGAAGCAAAACAACCAUCCAGAAAGCGGGCGUCCAGUACAUCCUCGACUCGGUCGUACAAUCGCUGCUAAGCGAUCCGGAGCGCAAGUUCAUCUACGUCGAGUCGGCAUUCUUCUUCAAGUGGUACAACGAGCAGACGGUGGAACUGCAGCAGCAAGUUCGGAUGCUUGUCGAUGAGGGACGGCUCGAGUUCAUCGGUGGCGCUUGGAGCAUGAAUGAUGAGGCGGCGGCACACUAUCACAGUGUGGUCGAUCAGUUCACCUGGGGCUUGAGACGGUUGAACGAAACGUUUGGCGAGUGUGGACGUCCACGCAUCGGUUGGCAGAUUGAUCCGUUCGGGCACUCGCGUGAGCAAGCGUCACUGUUCGCCCAGAUGGGGUACGAUGGGUUGUUCUUCGGGCGGCUCGAUUAUCAGGACAAGCGGGAACGAAUGACGCACAAGCGCGCGGAAAUGAUCUGGAAGACGAGCGCUAAUCUGGACGAUGUUGAUUUGUUUACCGGGGUUCUGUAUAAUUUGUACCAAGCGCCGCCGGGCUUCUGUUUCGAUAUACUGUGCUCGGACGAACCGUUCAUGGACAGUCCUUACUCGGCGGAGAACAAUGUGAAGGCAAAGGUGGAUAAGUUCCUGUACUACGUGAAUCUCCAGGCGGAGAGCUACAGGACAAACAAUAUCAUUCUGACAAUGGGCGGUGAUUUUACGUACAUGGAUGCUAAUGUUUACUUCAAAAAUAUGGACAAGUUGAUAAAGUACACAAACGCACUUCAAACAAACGGAUCGAACGUGAACGUCUUCUACUCAACACCUUCCUGCUAUCUAAAAGCCCUGCACGAUAUUGGCAUCACCUGGCCAACGAAAUCGGACGACUUCUUCCCAUACGCUUCCGAUCCGCAUUCCUUCUGGACCGGUUACUAUACAUCCAGACCGACGAGCAAACGCUUCGAGCGUGUCGGUAAUCAUUUCCUGCAGGUGUGCAAACAGCUGACUACGUUGGCACCCACCCGAGAGGCACAUAUGGAACCGCACCUGAACAUACUGCGGGAAGCAAUGGGUGUGAUGCAGCAUCACGACGCCAUAACCGGGACCGAGAAGCAACACGUCGCCAACGAUUAUGCUCGCAUGCUGAACGUAGCAGUCAAGGCGUGCGGUGCAAACACGAAGGCCACACUAAAUCAGAUCGUCGAUCCAAAGUACAAGCGAUCGUUACGCUCAGCCGGGUUGCCUGUUGCACAUACUACGCCGUAUCCCGAGUACACGUUUGGUUUUGAAUCGUGCCAUCUGUUGAAUGUGAGCAAGUGUGAGCUUACCGAGUCAAAGGACAGUUUUACCGUGACGCUUUACAAUCCGCUGGCACAUGCUGGUCACGAGUACGUUCGCGUUCCGGUUACCGGUGGUAGAUACAUCGUGCGGGACUAUCGUAACGUGGAGGUGUCAUCGCAAGUAGUGCCCAUUCCGGAGUCGGUCCUAAAUCUUAGCUAUCGAUUCAGCAACGCUACGUCCGAGCUAGUGUUUCUCGCCAACGAGUUGCCACCGUUGGGAUUUAAAUCAUAUUUCGUAACUCGCGCCAUAGAUUCUUUGGAUGAUUUUAUCCACGAAGUACCGGUCGCUGUAGCUACGGGUUCGGUCAGUGCAGACAAACCUUCGGGAGAGCAAUCGGCAUUGUGGCAGUCGGAAGAGGUAACGAUCGGAAAUAAAUAUUUGAACGUGUCCUUCGAUAGCAACGGCUUCCUGAGCACCAUUACGAUCGAUGGUGUUACGAACCGGUUACGGCAAACGUUCGUCUACUACGAAGGAGCACUGGGCAACAAUGAGGAGUUCCGCAAUCGAUCGUCGGGUGCGUACAUCUUCCGCCCGAACGGUACGGAGAAAACUGUUACGGAAAAUGUGCAGGUAAAGGUGGUCAAAGGUCCCACGGUGCAGGAGGUACAUCAGGUGUUUAACGAGUGGAUCAGCCAGGUCGUUCGAGUUUAUGCGGACGAAAGUCACGUCGAGUUUGAAUGGAUGGUGGGUCCGAUCCCCGUUGACGACGGGGUAGGAAAGGAGAUCGUAUCACGGUUCUAUACCGCUGCCCAAUCGGGUGGCGUUUUCUGGACGGAUGCAAAUGGGCGUGAAAUGAUCAAGCGAGUGCGCAAUCACCGGGACACGUGGAAUGUGGACCUGAUGGAAAAGAUCUCGGGCAACUAUUAUCCGGUAACGGCGAAAAUAGCACUGGAAGAUGAAAAUUUGCGGCUAGCUGUGCUGAACGAUCGUGCGCAGGGUGGUUCCAGUUUGGAGGAUGGAUCGCUCGAACUGAUGGUACAUCGCCGGUUGCUGCACGAUGACGCAUUCGGUGUAGAGGAGGCGUUGAAUGAGAAAGCGUUCGGUAAAGGAUUGGUUGCCCGCGGUAAGCAUUGGGUAAUUUUCGGUGCAAAAAAACCGAUCAGUCCAACACCGGAGGCACGUGAGCGUUUUCUGCAGAACCGUGUGCUAUUGCCAAACUGGAUUUUCUUCAGCGAUGUGACGGAGUUUAAGUACGAGGAUUGGCAGAAACAGUACACCAACAUUUACUCGGCACUGUCGUUGUCACUCCCGUUGAAUGUACAUCUGCUUACGUUCGAACCAUGGAAGGAUAACAGCAUCCUGGUGCGCUUUGAGCAUUUGCUCGAAAAGGGCGAGGAUCCACUCUACUCCAAACCGGUACGAUUUAAUGUGCAGGACGUAUUCCGUCAGUUCAGCAUUGAAGAAAUUCGCGAAACAACUCUCGGCGCCAAUCAGCUAAAAGAGGAUUCUAAAAGACUGAAGUUCAAACCCGAUCCUGACUACAUCGUGUACAGUUCUGUCAAGCGGGAUGUAACGACCGAACAUGCUUCACCAUCGCCACCGUUCGUACAAGCUUCACGAUCACCUUUGAUCGAAGAAAUGGUUCGCAACGUUGCUGACGAUGGGUUUGAAAUUAUGCUCAAACCGAUGCAGAUCCGUACGUUCAUUUUUCAGCUAGAGUACAAGCCAUAAUAACUAGUAAAUAGAAGAUUUAUUUUCUUUUCAUUAAGUUAGUCCAAUAAAGAACGCUCAAACAAC